AUGUUCAAUGAUAUUUUGAGAGGUGAAGCCCCGAAUAUCACCUAUGAAAUCAACAAUACCAUCUACCAGAAUGGGUAUUAUCUAGCUGACGACAUCUACCCAAGGUGGACCACAUUUGGUUAUAGAAAAGAUGUGGAGAGGUGCUUUGGUAUUCUCCAAGCCCGGUGGGCUAUUAUUAGGGGCGCGAUGCGUCUGUUUGAUGAGGAGGUGCUGAGGAGCAUAAUGAUGACAUGCAUCAUCCUCCAUAACAUGAUUAUGGAUGAUGAGUAUGAUUACGAUGCUGCAGACGUGUACGAACCGGAUUCCAUAAACACGGCCUUGACACGAAUUUAUGAAAAACCCAUGGGGCCAAAUGGAGAACCAGUGCAGCAUGAACCGUUGGUUAAGGGCGGUAGUUUCAUGCCCCGUAUGAUUGAUUGA